AUGACGGACGGAGUGGGCGGAUGGGUGAUGCCCGAGGCCGGUCCGGACGGGGAGGCCAAGUUCAAGAUGACCGGCCCAACUGGGAACUGCUAUGAUUACUCUAAAGCCAGAUCGGGUGCAUACCGCUUCGGUUUACACCCUCGAAGCGAAGGCGGCGAGGCGUACAAGCGAGGACGGGACGCCGAUGCCUCAGACGAAGCCCCAGCCGCCAAGAGGUGUCCGAAGUUGUCCGAGGAAGACAUCAUUGCCAUAUUUCCCCAGCGGCUGGCAGAGCUGGAAAAAGCCGAACACGAGGCAGCCCGCGCGAAGGAAGUGGCAGAGGCGGCGGCAGCAGCAGAGAGAGAUGAAGGAACAAGCCACAAGUUCGUCUUCGGUGAUCAGGGAGAAGGAAGGAGGGCGGGCUCGGGGCCGUUCCGCAGCGCGGGGGAUCGUCGGUGGAUGAUCGUCGGCUCCCUAGUUUUCCAAGGCCCCACUUUACUCCGACCUUGGCAAGAGGCAGGCUAA